UUCAUCCCCAGAAACUGUACAAACAUACAUAUUUCUUUUUGAUUGAAAGAAAUCAAACACUUUCUCAGUUCUCUUUGGUUGGACUAACGGAAAAAGUUGUCGACUUUGUUUUACGUCUUUCUCGAAACAUACUACUCAAGGAUGAUAGUUUGAUCUGGUUCUUCGAUUUCUUGAUUGUUACCCUCCCAAAUCCUCUUUUGGUCCAUGGCGACCUAAAUAAAUACAACUGUCAAGUGUGAAGGGAAAGGAAAAGAAAAGAAAACAAGUUAGGAGGAGAAAAUUCAAAACUUCUACACGUGGAGCGUCCACAUCAUAUAACUGCCCACUAGUAGCUUCAGGAAUGGGGGGAAAGCGGAGGGAGAGGUUAGAGAAGCACAUUAUAUGGUGGAAAAUUCCUGAUUAAUUGUUAUUUUUGAUUUGGUUUGUUAAUCAAAAGGCAAUGAGAUGGACUUGUUAUCAAACUGGCAAAACAAACACAGCUUUCACUAACCCACGUAGAUUUGAACGUGUUGUUUGCUGCUGCUGCGUUUUCGAGAAACAAGAAUGCGUCUUUCUCUGUUUCUUGAAGCAAAUUCCUCCCUGUAUCUCUUUAUUUCCCUUUCAAUCUUCACCUGGAAAACUUCCAUUUUCUUAUUCACUCCCAUAACCUACUUUCUAAGUAAACUCUUCAACUACCACUCAUACGACAUCCCACCUAUAUACUUCUCAUAAUUCAUAAGUACUGCCUUUUCUUUCUCUUUUCGACGGACGCUUAGACCCGUUUCUGCCUUCCAUCGAGAUUCGGGUUUGGCCAAAAGAAAAAAAUGAGGAUAUCCCUUUGGAUUUUUGUUCUGUUUCUUGUUUGUGGCAUUACUGAUACAAUUUUUGCUGAUCAGAAACCACGGACGGAGCGGAUUUCAGGAAGUGCUGGUGAUGUUUUGGAAGAUGAUCCAGUGGGAAGGUUGAAAGUCUAUGUAUAUGAGCUUCCGAGCAAAUAUAACAAGAAAUUGCUACAGAAGGACCCCAGAUGUCUCACCCAUAUGUUUGCUGCAGAGAUCUUCAUGCAUCGGUUUCUCUUAUCGAGCCCAGUUCGAACCCUUAAUCCCGAUGAAGCAGAUUGGUUUUAUACCCCUAUAUAUGCCACUUGUGACCUUACACCUACUGGCUUGCCAUUGCCUUUCAAAUCUCCACGGAUGAUGAGAAGUGCAAUACAGCUUAUCUCUACCAAUUGGCCUUACUGGAAUCGCACUGAAGGGGCUGAUCACUUCUUUGUUGUGCCACAUGACUUUGGAGCUUGCUUCCACUAUCAGGAAGAGAAAGCCAUUGAACGAGGGAUUCUUCCAUUGCUCCGACGUGCUACUUUGGUUCAAACUUUUGGACAGCGGAAUCACGUAUGCUUGAAUGAGGGUUCAAUUACGAUUCCUCCAUAUGCUCCUCCUCAAAAGAUGCAGGCCCGUCAAAUUCCCCAAGACACUCCGCGGUCCAUAUUUGUCUACUUUCGAGGCUUAUUUUAUGAUGUGAAUAAUGAUCCAGAAGGUGGUUACUAUGCAAGGGGUGCAAGGGCAGCUGUCUGGGAGAAUUUCAAGAAUAAUCCUCUGUUUGACAUCUCGACAGAACAUCCAACCACAUAUUAUGAAGAUAUGCAAAGAGCUUUAUUCUGUUUGUGCCCUCUAGGUUGGGCACCAUGGAGUCCAAGAUUAGUUGAAGCAGUGGUGUUCGGGUGCAUUCCUGUCAUCAUAGCAGACGACAUUGUUCUGCCGUUUGCGGAUGCUAUCCCAUGGGAGGAAAUAGGAGUGUUUGUGGCAGAGGAAGAUGUCCCUAACUUGGACACAAUCCUAACAUCCAUACCAACAGAAGUGAUUUUAAGGAAGCAGAGGCUUCUUGCAAAUCCUUCAAUGAAACGAGCAAUGCUAUUCCCACAACCAGCACAAUCAGGAGAUGCUUUCCACCAAAUACUGAAUGGCCUAGCGCGCAAAUUGCCACACGACAAGAGUAUUUACCUGAAGGCUGAUGAAAAGAUUUUGAACUGGACAGCAGGGCCAGUAUCGGACAGGAAACCUUGGUAAGUGAAAGUGGUUUCUUGCCAGGGGAAGAGAAUCUCACGUAACAUAAUUACUGUUUGUGGAAAUAGGGCAGAGUCUGAAUUGAGCUGAGAAAAGAUGUACACUUACCUUUGAAAUUUUGAUGCUGUACAGGUUCUUACCUUUGUAGUUUGUAUGUAUGAAAUGUACAUCUGAAAUGUUAUACAUAGUUGGCCGCUUUUAUUUUAUUUUU